AAUCGCAAAAUAGCUUGAAUCGAGAAUAACGUUUAACCGUAUGCCUUGAAAAAACGAAGGUCUGCUAUUUGUUUAGAAUUGAAUUUCCUCUAUGUUGAAUUCUGUGCAAUUAAGGGAGCAAGUACAUUAACAUUCCUGUUAAGGGAAAAGGUUUACAAUUUUAUUGAUAUUCUGUUCUGUGUAUCAUUGUAUGAAAUCAAGCAAUACCUUAAAAUAGUUUGGAAUUUAUCAUAAGGCAAUAAAAGAUGUCUGCAAUAUUUCAUCAAAAAUUUUCUGUCAAACAGAGGUCACUGCCGUAAAGUCUUUGGACUCAACAUUAUUCUUAGCAAUGGACUUGAAAAUAAUUAUUUGGAGUAACGUCAAAUUAAUCUUCUAACCUUUAAUUAAAUCCUACUGAAGUGUAUCAUUACAGUCAUCUACCUUUACUUGCUGGGAAUGUAAAUUUUGUGACCAACUGCAGUUUGAAUUUUAAAAACCUACCUACAUGCUUCAAACCAUUGUGUCUAACACGUUUAUUGCUAGUUAUGUUUCUGUUUCACUUACAAACAAUUAAAAAUAGCGUCAUUUAUUUAAUUUUUUUCUCAAUGAUUUAAUGUUUUGAAAAUAUAUCACGGGACUGAUAAGCUCCGUUUUUCAUCCCUUCAUCUUGUUCCCGUUAUUUAGAAUGAAAAAUUUUAGUGCCACUAUAAAGCUUGAGUAUUAAGUUGAUAAUUUCUGUAACUGAUCUUUUUUAAGAAAAUUUAAAUUUAUUUCUCAUUUUUGCAUAUCAUUUCUAUUAUUAUAAAAUUUUGUUCCGAAUGAUUAAUUUAAAAUUUUGUUGUGUACGUAGAAAACAAUAGUAUACGUAAUAAAAAAUUUGAAAAUAAUAAUUUUUCCUGUUUUGUCAUGGGGACUUUUUAACUAUUCUAGUAACAUGUCUGAUGAAAGUUUUGAGCACGAUUUCGCCUUAGUUAACGAUAGUUAUGAGGACACUCAAGAAAAAUCUUAUACUUGCAAUGUAUGUAAUAAGAGUUUUUCUCAGAAACAUAAUUUGCUAACUCAUAGAUUUAUUCAUACUAAUAAAAAACUUUAUUCUUGUAGAUCAUGUGAUAAAGUUUUUCCAUCAAACCGUGAUUUAAAUGUUCACAAACGUAUUCAUUCAGGCGAGAAAGUUCACGUUUGUAAUUUUUGCAAUAAGAUUUUUUCAGCAACCCGUGACUUAACUAUACAUAAACGUAUUCAUACAGGUGAAAAGCCUUAUCCUUGUAGCGUAUGUCAUAAAAGUUUUUCUCAACGAUCCCAUUUAAUUACGCACACCGCAGUACACACCGGAAUAAAACCUUACUGUUGUAGUAUUUGUAAAAGAAGUUUUUCUACUAAAGGCGAUUUAAACAAGCACAACCUUGUCCAUACUGGCGAGAAACCUCAUUCUUGUGGUGUGUGUAAUAAAAGGUUUUCAACAUCCAGUGGUUUAAAUAAACACUAUGUUGUUCAUACUGGGGAAAAACCUUUUUCUUGUACUUUAUGUGGCAAGAGUUUUUCAAGAAGAGGGGAUUUAAUUCAACACAACCUUAUUCAUCUUGGAAUAAAACCUUAUUCUUGUAAUAUAUGCAGUAAAAGGUUUGCAUCAAGCAGUAGUUUAACUACCCACAGAUAUUCCCAUACAGGAGAAAAACCUUAUUCCUGUACUGUAUGUAAUAAAAGUUUUGCUAGAAAUUCUCAUUUAACUGUGCAUUACCUUGUUCAUUCAGGUGAAAAACCUUAUCCUUGCAAUGUUUGCGGCAAAAGUUUUGCAGCAAGCCGUACUUUAACUCACCACAAAUGUUCCUAUCACAGUGAAAAAACUUAUUCUUGCAAUGAAUGUGGCGACAGUUUUGCAUCAAGCAGCACUUUAACUUAUCACAGAUUUUCUCAGCAUGGUGAAAAAAUCUUUACUUGCAAUAUAUGCAAUAAAAGUUAUGCAAGAAAUACUGACUUCAUUAAGCACAAGUCCAGCCAUACUAAUGAAACACCUGAUCCUGAAAAACAUUCUGUUGUAAAACCAUAUCCUUGUGGCGUAUGUGAUCGGAGUUUUUCAUUUAAAAGUGAUUUGAUAAGACACAACAUUAUUCAUACUGGUGAGAAACCUUAUUCUUGCAGUAUAUGUAACAAAGGUUUUUCAACGAAUGGUGGUCUAAAUAAACACAGAGUAGUUCAUACAGGUGAAAAACCUUUCGCUUGUAACAUAUGUAAGAAGAGUUUUUCGAAAAACAGUAAUUUAAACAGGCACAUCCUUAUUCAUGCUCCCAAAAAAUCUUAAUUCAUGUCUGUAGUGAAAAUUUUGCAUUAUAUGUUAAAUAGAUCUUUCACCAUUUGGUUAGGAAUGAUAUUUUUUUAAUAUUUUGAUGAACUUUUGCACUUCUAUUUAUCAUUAUGAUACAGAGUGUUUCAUAAUGACUAAAUAUUAUACAGGGUGAGAAUAACACAAAAGAAAGCAAAUAAUUAUAAAAUAAGAGGUUGGAUAUCUACUUUGCAACAGGAAUAUGUAACUUUGGCUUGUGGGCCAAGACAAGGUGCAUAGCAUUUUUAAAAAGUGCUGAUUUUUGAUUUAUAUUUUUUAAAAGCCCUUGAAGGUGCUUUAUUUAGUCAGUGUUUGUAAAAAGUGCUUAAUUUUCAAUCUUUUAAAUAGAGAUUUUUUCUUUGUUGCAUCGAUUGUCGCUCUAAGCUACAAAAAAUUCAUGAUUUUCAAAAAAUUUUCUGCAAUAUUUAUUUAUUUUAUUGAUUUUGAGUUUAUAAAUUAAGAACUUUAAAGAUAGAAAUUUUUUUUUUAUUACUGCACAGAUCCUAAUUAUGAUUUUUUCUUUUGAAGAGUGAUUAAAAAUAUUUUUUGAGUACUUAAAAGGCACUUAUUUUUUGUUGAAAAAUCUGGUUACACACCCUGCAAGAGUAUCCCCCAAAGCCUUUUACCUUUGCUCUUAAUCUGUCUAAAUUGUUCAUUAAAAUAUGAAAAUUCAGAAAAAUCUUCCUACCUCUUGUUCUAUAAAAGUGAUUCUAAUUGUCUUUCUCAGAGAAUCGUAUUGAAAUUAUUUCAUUCUGUACAUUUUGUUUAAGGAAAUGGGUUCAGUGUUUGUAGCAAAAUGUAAUUUCUUACAGAAUUUCAAGAAACGAAAAGAUGGAUGAUUAAUUAUAAUUUCAAAAUUCUAAUCACAAUCAUUACAUAAAUUUCAUUGUGUAUUAGUAAAAGUGACAAGUUUUGGUUCUGAAUAUUGGUAAAAAAUAACUUUUAAGGUGAAUGAGAACACUUUUGUUUAUACUUCUUUUCUAUAGCUCUAAAUUUGUUGCAAUAAUAUUUGCUUUGAAAUAUUGUAUAGUUUGUUUACAGUAAGAACUCAUCCUGCAUCUAAGUCUAAAGGCCGUCUGCUACUGUGGAAAUAAGAGCGCAUUUCAGGGAGGGUAGCUUCUCUUCACUCUAGGGCUAACACAGUAGACCGAAGAAAAAGAUUCCCUUUCUCUCAACGACCUGAACCAUAACCUGUCCUAAACAAUGAACCCACACUCUUAA